ACCUUCGUUUCUGUGGGAUACUGGAGAGUCCCUCCGUUCUUCCAAAGGUGAUUUUUAUGCUCUUUUGAGGUAUUCUAUUUCGUUCGGUGCCAGGGAGAGGAAGCGAUUCACGUCUAGAUUGCCACCAUGUUUACCCGGAAGUCGGAGAGUAGCUUCUUACAUGUACCAAGCUGAUAAAGACAAACAAGAAGGGACAAGAGAAAUAAUUGAAGAUUUAAGAAGGGAAAUUAAAUAAGUCAUUUCAACAAGAAAAAACUAUGGCAGUACUAAGGGAAUAUAGGCCACCAAGAUAGCUCUAUUAUCCACAAAGAGGGUUUAACAACCAAGCCCUGAGAUGUUACAUGUAUGUCCAUUUAAUGCAUGAUUGUUGGUCCUAGGGACAAAUAUUUAGGCAAAAUGGCAGAUAGUAUGAUAAUUACAGAAAAAUGUAGGAAAAAACUUCAGGGGAAACCUUACAUUAUUACACUAUCCUGCUUUGAGGCAGGUAGGAGCCUCAGUGAAUAGUCAGAAAAGAGCUAGGCCUAGAGACUGGAGGUUCUGGGUUCAAAUUUGGCCUCAGAUCCUUUUAGCUAUGUGACCCUGAGUAAGACACUUAAUCCCAGUUGCUUUGCCCUUACCACUCUUUUGCCUUGGAAUUGAUACUUAGUAAUUUUAGGAAUUUGGUUGUUGGGAUAUUAAAUGAGGGGAAUCUCAGGAAAACCAGAUUAUUUUUUCUAUUUGAUAGUAGCAUCAGAUCUUGGGAAGAGCUUAUUUGAUACAUGUUUGUGGGGUUCAGAGUUCAUGUAAACUGUGUGAAUUUUAGUUUUACUCCACCCUGUUUAGUCUUUAGAAUUCUAGUAACCAGGAAUGUAUACACCCCCACUUAAGGAUUAACUGUAGGGGAGGAUGGCCUAUAACCGGCAUGUGCUAGCAAGUGACAAAUCAGAAACAACUGACUGACCCCCGGGCUGUCCUAAGCCAAGCUUAAGCCACCAUUGGUACAUGUGUGACACAGGAAGUGAUGUAAAGAAUGGGCUAUAUAUUUCACCUCACUUCCUGUGAAAACUCUUGGUGGCGUUGGGAGCUUUUGGCGGUGUUUGGUGUGCUUGCGGCUUUGUUGGACUUUGAGUUGGAGUUUAGCUCUGUAGCAUAGUUUAGGUGAAGCGGUUUCCUGGAAUUGACCUUGGUUUAACGUGUCAGCAUGUAAGUCAAGCUGUCAGUGUCCACCAUGUGAAGAGAGCAGUAGCUCAGAAUUUGUGGUCUGUUUGUUCAGAAUGUUUAAAGGAAAGAAGGCUCUGUGAUGGAGAGUCAGUAAAAUCUGAUAUUUGGUUGUGCCUCAAGUGUGGCUUUCAGGGAUGUAGUCAAAACUCAGAAGACCGGCAUUCUUUGAAACACUUCCAGACUUCCUGCACAGAACCCCAUUGUAUUAUUAUCAAUCUUAGCACAUGGAUUAUAUGGUGUUAUGAGUGUGAUGAAGAAUUAUCGACACAUCGUAAUAAAAAAGCUUUGGCUCAAAUAGUUGAUUUUCUCCAGAAGCAUGUUUCAAAAACAGAAGCAAGUUCAUUUUCCAAAGUAAUAAGGCUUUGCGAAGAAAAAUGUGAAGCAGGUGAACUAUGGAAAGGAAAAUGCCAAAUCAAUAGUUUACCAGCUUCUGUGAAAGGAAUUAAUAACUUAGGGAACACUUGUUUUUUUAACGCUGUCAUGCAGAACUUGGCACAGACUCACAUGCUCAAUGAAUUGAUGUAUGAAGUCAAAGAGAAGGGGACAAAAUUAAAAAUUUUUCAUACUUCAGACCCUCAGUUGGAUCCACUAGUGGUGAACCUGUCAAGUCCUGGAACUCUGACUUCAGCUAUGUUCCUCUUCCUUCACAGCAUGAAGGAGCCUGGAAAAGGACCGCUUUCUCCUAAAGUUCUCUUUAACCAGCUUUGUCAGAAGGCCCCACGAUUUAAGGGUUUCCAACAGCAGGAUAGUCAAGAACUUCUGCAUUAUUUACUGGAUGCAAUGAGGAUAGAAGAAACAAAGAGAAUACAAAGUGGGAUUCUAAAAGCAUUUAAUAAUCCAACUGCUAAAACUGCAGAUGAAGAAACUAGAAAAAAAGUCAAAGCAUAUGGAAGAGAAGGAGUGAAGAUGAACUUCAUAGAUAGGAUCUUUGUUGGUGAAUUGACUAGCACAGUCAUGUGUGAGGAAUGUGAAAAUAUCUCAGCCAUGAAAGAACCUUUCAUUGAUCUUUCUCUUCCCAUCAUAGAAGAAAGGGUAUCAAAACCUGUUCCAGUGGGAAGGAUGAGUAAAUGUAAGAAUUUACAAGAAACCAACCUAGAUCAGUACAACUGCACUACUGCUACUACAAUGAAUAAUCAUCUAAAAAGUACAAAGAAACACUCCUUAAUGAAAGAUAAGAAUCAACUAAAUUAUGAAAGAAGACUUGUAAGAAAAUCAUCAUCUGGGGAAGAAGAGAAAAUUCCUGUUAUCAUGCAUCAGAAAAAUGGAAACCUUGAAAUAAAUGGGGAUUCUUCAAUUUUGUCCAUAGGAGACACAAGUAGGGUGUCUGAGACUACAGCAAAUGCAAGUCAGACUGAUGGAAGUGAGAAAGAAGUCAGCCAUUCUGAAAGUAGUGUUGAUGCUGACAGUGAGGCUUCAGAAUGUGAAAGUGCUUCAAAGCAAACCAUUUCUGUUAGACCCAAUAGCUUAUCCUUUUUGCAUGAAGGUGUUCCUACAUAUACAUCAAUAGUCCCUGAACUUCCGUUUGCCAUUGCCAGCGAGAGUGGUAAGGAAGUAGUCACUGAAGCCACUGCCAAACUUAGCUUAAGUGACACUGUAACCAGAGGUACAGAACUUAACAGUGAAUACCAGCCAUUAAAUUUUUCAAGUAAUUCCUUAUGUUCAGUGGAGAAGUAUACAUUAUCCCAUAGCCCCCAGAAUGCUUUCCAAACCCUUUCUCAGAGUUAUACAACUACUUCCAAAGAAUGUUCAAUUCAGUCCUGUCUCUACCAGUUUACGUCUGUGGAGUUACUAAUGGGAAAUAACAAGCUUUUAUGUGAGAACUGUACUGAAAAGAAACAAAUGUACCAAAAGAAAAUCAAUUCAACAGAAAAGAAGUCGGAAGGGAUGUAUACCAAUGCAAGGAAGCAGUUGCUCAUUUCUGCUGUUCCAGCCAUUCUUAUUCUCCAUCUUAAAAGAUUCCAUCAGGCUGGUUUGAGUCUACGAAAAGUAAACAGACACGUGGAUUUCCCACUUGUGCUAGAUUUAGCACCCUUUUGUUCUGUUACGUGCAAGAAUGUAACCAGAGGAGAGAAAGUUCUCUAUGGGCUUUAUGGAAUAGUGGAACAUAGUGGCUCAAUGAGGGGAGGCCAUUAUACAGCUUACGUGAAGGUCAGAACAACUUCCAAGAAAUCAUUGGACCAUGUUGUUGGAAAUAAAAAUGUCCACGGUUUAAAAGAAACAGUGGGAGCACCACCAGGACAAUGGGUGCAUGUUAGUGAUACUCAUGUGCAAAUGGUUCCAGAAUCCAGAGCACUUAGUGCACAGGCUUACCUUCUUUUUUAUGAAAAGAUACUAUAGUGAUCAUUGUUCAUAAUUGUUUAAAAAGUUAAUGAUUAUUUAGGCCACCUCUAUUUAAAUGCUGCAGGGGUAAAGUGAAUAUGUAGUGUGCCUUUAUUAUGUUUUUUCUUUCUUAUACUUAAUCCCCUAGAUAUUCCUGAACUUAAAAUUUUUUUUUUCAUUUAUUCCUUUUUAAAAUGAGUUGUAAUUCCCCAAACUUUUAAACUUCCAUCUUCUUAAGUCACAUGCCCAAUUUGUGCUCUUUCUAAGGUUAUGUCAAAAAAAUAUAUCAAUUAUACUUAGAACCUAUAGCCCUUGUGAGUCCUGGGUGAUACAAUUCAAUAAUAUUGUAAUUUGCCUCAUUAUUACAUAGUUUUAGCAAGUUACUAUCCCCUAAAAUAUAACUACUAGCAAUAAAACCUAACAUAAAAUAUAAUGUGAAGUUAGACACAUUCCCUGUUACCAAUUCUUGUAUAUGUUUCAUCUGUAUCCACAGCAGUAGCUUUGCAAAACAAAAAUGAUUUGGCUUACUGCUUUGAUGUAUUUUGAGAACUAAAAGUAUGGGGGGAAAAAAUCAACCAAGUUAAUGUUGUUGGGCAACAUGUAAUAGUUUGAAGACAUGGAUCACCAAGUGAAAUUUCAUAAAUUGGCAAUUUGUAAUAGGUUCCUAAUAGUUAGUUUUAGGGAGUCAGUUUGUUUAGUACCAUGAGAAAAUUUGCUAGAUUAAAUUUUGAAGUUCUUAGAAUUGCAUUCUUUAUAACAUUCUCCAACAACAAGAAAUAAUAAAAUUUUAUAGUCUGAUAUUUUAGUAAAUAUUGACUGUGGCUUUGAGGAGAGGAAUUAUGAGGUUACAAUUCCUUUCUGUACUUAGCAUAUCACAUACAUUCAAGUUGGGUUAAUUUUUGUUUUAAUUAAAUAUAAUGUAAGCAUUUCUGAUUAUUUCAUAUGUACAGAUAUUUUUGGAAGUUUUUUGCUUUAACCUUGUGAUGACUGAAAAUAUUGCUUUCUUUUAUAUAUGCAAAUUAUAGCUUUGUCAAAAAGUGAAAGUAUAAGUAAAAUUAAAUCCUAUUAAUUGUAUUCUUGACCUGAAAAGUAUUAAAAUUACUUCUCGGGAUUACUUUUUAAAAAUUACUCAGGAUACUCUUUUCCCAACCAUAGAAAUAUUGCAAGCAGUUUUAUUUAUUACAAACAAACCUAUAAUCCGCAUUCAACUACAAAACAUUUAUUUCCUGUUAUAAUUUUUAAAAAUUCAAUGAAUAAAAGGCUUUAUUAUCCAAGAAAAUAUAUAGUUUGUCACAAAAAAAAAAACCAAUAAUCCCAUAGGACAUGACAACUCAAGAUUUUAUAUUGACUAAUACCCAUAAGUUAAGGUGACAUUUUCUUUUAAGUUCCUAUCCCUGUACACAGCCACUUCAGUGGCUUAUCAUUGAUUCUAGUUAUAUAAGAUCAAGGCACCUUAAUCAAAUGCAUAAGUAUUAAUAGCUGUCAUGAUCCAGGUAGUCUGAAAAAUGUUUGUCUUCCAGUUGCUCUUUAUGAGAAGAAAGGUAGGAAGUAUUGUAAAAUAUGAAUGAAAAAGUUACACCUGUGGAUUGGUUGAGCAUUGCCCUCCAUAGACCAUGACCUUCCAACACAAAAAUAAUAACUAGACCUUUUAGUGACUAGUUGAUUACUAAAGUUUAUUAUUAAUUUUCAAGGUUUUGAUAGAAUACAAAGUAUAGGGCUUAAGUAGUACACUUUUCACAAUUUGGGUUUUUUCUUAUAAAGCAUUAACAUUCACAGCUCAGUUGCAUCUUUGUGUUCCGAACUUUUGAUAAUUUGAGAUUGAUAUAUGCAUGCUAAGAUUCUGAGAAAGAAAAAAGAUUGCAUGUAUAAUCUGACAAACCUAAGCUUUUUUAAUAUUAAGAUUAUGACCUAAUAAGAUACAUCCUAAUUGAAUGAGAUGCUAAGAAAGUGUAGGAUUUUUUAGCUUAGUUGUCAUUAGUAAGCUUUCUGCUUACUGAUCCAGCUUAUUCUUUUUGACAGUGCUAAGUAUCAGCUAUCUCUGUUUCUAAACAUACCAGGCCAUUGCUAACAAUUGCAUAUUUCCCAAAGAUGACAGACUAAAGAAUUUCUGUUGAAAAACUAUUUCUUGUAGUGUUAGAUUGUUUUUUAAAGGAAAUUAGAGCCAGCCCUUUCUCUUUCCUUAUCUUUUAUUGCUCUCUUAUACAAAUAAAGCCUGAGAUAGUUCAGGAAGGUCAAAGAUUAAGGGAAGUGAAGAAUUCUUCCAAACCAUAUGAAGCAAAGUAAGUCCAGAGAAUAAAAAUUUUUCUACUCUUAACUGUUAGCACUAGUGAUUAAUUUAUCAAAAAGCUUCUCAAGCAUGUAUUUGAUUACUAUUGUGUAAGUUUUAUAAUCAUAGAAUUUUAGAGCUAAAGGAAGCUUUGGUGAUCUGAUCCAGGAUUGGCAGGGCCACGAUAGCUCUUUACUUUUAUGCAGCUUUAAAUCAAAAUGAAGGAACAUAUUCCAUGUGUUUUAACUCAUCUUGCUGACAAGCAAAAGCUUUAACUACUAGGAAAGGUAGAUUGCUGAACCCAAACUAGCAGAACUUUAUUCUUAUUCCUUAGCCUUUAUUCGUAUUCCUUAGCCCUUGUGGUGGAGGGGGAAGGAAAGGGAAAGAAUCACAAUGUCUUAAAAGGAGGAGUUACCCCAUUUGGAACAACUUUACUUAAGUGUUGCUUCUUCCUUCCCCAACCCCACCCCUAUGCUUAAGAGUGGGAUGGGUAGAACUUCUUUUUGCCUUCUACUAAUUCUUCCUGUCUCACAACUCUUCCCCUCAGAGCCAGGUUCUCUUUGCCUUCUCAGAUAACUGCUACUUUAAGAAAUUUGCACUAAUAUACCAACAAGGAGAAAUUGUAGUUCUUCAAGGUCCUUCCAUUUAAAAAUAUAUAAACUAUACCUGAAGUUCUGAAAAUCUCUUGACAUCUGUUGUUUAUAAAAAGUUAUUUUUAAAAAAUGACUCUUUUCCUUCAAAAUGUUAUUGAUCAGACUGAAGUCUGCUUAUUUUACAGAUAAAGACCCUGAGACUGAAUGAUUAACUGAUUUUAAUUAAUUUUUUUUCCUGGCUUAUAAUGCUUAUAGUGGCAGAGUCAGAACCAAAACCUAUUUCUUGUGACUUGACGUCUCAGUGGUCUUUCCAUUCAGCCCUGUUACAUGUUUACCAGUGUAUUCUGGGUUUGAUAAUUUACCUCAGUGCUCUGAAAGCUACACUAGCUUUUUUUAUGGUUUUUAGUAUGCAAAAGUCAGAGUAAUUUUUAUUUAUUAUUCCAGAAAUAACAUGAAAGAAUGGUGGAUCAUUUUUUAGUUUCCUUAGCUUUUAAUUAAAUAUGAAAUCUCUAGUCUUGAAAUUUCUUCUUGUUUAAUUUCAAAUUUAGUGGCUCUUUUUAUGAAGAGUUCAGAAUAUUCAUCUUCUGAGUAGAAAAGAUACUUGUGAUCACUUUUGCUAUAGAAAAAGCAUGUAUUUAUUCUAUUUAUCAUACGUUUUACAUUUUUAAAUAUAAUUUUUGUUUUGAAUGUUGCCAGAGUUUAUUAAAUCUGAUCUUAUUAAUGGAAAGAUGUAUAUCUUCAGGGUUGCUAGGGUGAAAAACCAUUAUGAUAAAGACUUUUUAAAAAAAGGUAAUUGGAAAUUUUAUAGAUACCGAAUUUGAACUGCCAUGAUCUGAAAUUCUGCCCUAAGCUGAAUGAAAGCCUCAGUAACAGAAGUUAAAAAGUAGUUUAGAAUAUAUAUGCAUAUCUAUAUUUUUUUCUCCUAAAUACUUUUUGUAUUUUAAUGGUAAAAUUAUGACUAUCAAUUUGUUAGAGAAAACAAUAUUGCUUACUCUAUUCAAGAUUUUACCAUUUAAAAUAAAGCUUAAAAAAUUUGUUGUGCAUAUUUUUUUAAGAUAAUGAAAAAGAGUGGUGAGUUAGUAGAUGAGUGAUGAUAAAUCAUCCAAAGUAAGGAUUAGUUUUCUGUGAAUUUGGAUUUGCAAACAACUAUUUAGUUAUAUAUUUAAUAGCUUGCAUCCUACCUGUGAUUAUUGACAUCAGUACUAAAAUACAUAUAUACUGAAAAUAGCUUCAUGAAGAAGUAAAUAUAGCUUAAUAUGAGAAAUAAAAAUUAAGCUAAUAUCUAAUGUUUUUUUAGUAUCAUUAAAAAUGCUUUGUCUACUCAGAUUAUUUUUUUUUCUGCAUGAUCUCUUAUAGAAUACCCUUAACAGGAUUUAUAUUUUAUGUGCAAUAAAACUAAACUUCAGUUUAGUACUUAGUGCAUUAUCAAAUAUGACUGUAUUUUUAGUUAUUUGAAAUGUUUGUUGUUGAUGUAAAAUUGUCAAGAGGAAAUGUAUUUAUAUAAUACAACAGACAGAUGAGAUGAGAAUAUAUUUUUAAUUAAAAAAUUUUAGAUUGGUUAUAAAUGGAUAUCUUUCAUUAUAUCUGUAAUUUAAAUAUUCUACAAUGUUUUAUAAAAGAUAAUCAUGCAUCUGGUUGAACAGGUUGAUUUUAUUGGGUAAAAUAUGUAAAUUCUUAAUAAAUAUUGGUUUAUCCAA